AUGACCUUCUACGUCUCAAAUGAUCCUACUUUGUGGCCAUUCCUCAGUGCUGUUCAGUUUUCUGGCUAUUUUCAAGUUGUAUCUUUCGCUGUGGUGGUGUACGAUUGGGCAUUAACAUUCGCACAAGAGUUCGAACUCAUCUGGAGGCAACGCUGGUCCUUCAUGACCGUUAUUUAUAUUUGUGUCCGCUACAUUGGAAUACUAUUUUCUCUGUAUCAUCUACCUACUAUUGAAUCUCCCAGUCCCAAUGACAGAUAUAGUGGGUAUUCGGCACCAACGCCUGACAUUCUCAUUCUCAUUCAACCACUAACUGCAUUCCUACACAGGGGCAACUUCAGUUAUUUCAUAUGGAUAUUCGCGCCUGUUGUCGUCAAUGCCAUGCUGGGCGCCAUCAUGAUGGCUCGGAUACACGCCAUGUAUGGGCGAUCCAGCAAGAUGCUCAUUUUUCUUGCUGCACUCUUGCUGGUUUCCACGAUUUCCACUGGAGUUGUGGCGAUAAUUGGCCUGGGUUAUUCAAGGGGGGAGGCCAUAUUGUGUGGUUACCAUGUCUAUCUUUACAGUAUUGACACAAAUGGAUUAAAUCCGGAUUAUGUCAGGAUCAUACCCACCAUCAUAUGGGAGAUCCUCGCCUUUUUUCUUGCAGUCUGGAUUGCUAUAAAACACCUCCGUGAACUGCGACAAUCGCAGAGUGGAUCGACCAUUGGAGACUGUUUCACGGUGCUAAUGCAAAGUCACAUGUUGUACUUUCUAGCCUUUGCUGUCAUGGCUUGCUUGGAUCUCGGUUCACUGUCUCCAUAUAUAACGUCGUCAUAUGGUUUGGGAGUUGAGGUGUAUUAUGGCAUUCUCUACAUUUUCCAGGGGUUCCAGAUGUGUGUGCUGGGACCACGUCUGAUCCUCAGUGUUCGUGAAUAUCAUGCCAAGCUCAUGGCCAGGUCCGACGGGGGAACACACAUGACGUCCAUUGCUUUCCAGGCUGGUGCAGAUGCGUUGACUGGCGGAGAUGUGUAA